AGAAUGAAAACAAUUCAUUUUUCAAUGUUUUGAAAAACAGAUCUUUUAUUGCAAUUUUAAAAAAUGGGUUUGUUGUUAUCGAUUCAGACAAUUUUAAAGAAUUAACUCAUUUGGAAAAACAAUGGAGCUAGGUGUUUAUUAUGAGUCAAAUGAAAAUGAGAACUAUAAGGAAAUCUAUGAUGAAGACAUGAGUGGAGAAAGAGGCACCUUUUUUCGUGAUGGUAAAAGAAAAAUAGACUUUGUGUUGGUAUAUAUAGAAGAAAAUAAACAGAUCCUUGAUACAAAAGUAGUUAGUUUUCGUAAAAGAUUUCUUAGCAAUAUAAAAAGAAGUAAAGUUGAAAUGGAAGAAGAAAUAUGUGAUGAUAAAGAAAACAUCCUGCACUUUAUUAAAUGUCAUUGUCCUUUUGAUGUUUUGAAAUCAUAUGCUGAGGAACUAUCUUUUAAAGCUCCAUUGGCUCUGCGCCAAGCAGAAAAUAUUAAUUGGUCUGAGCGUAUACUAGCCAAAUUUCAUUUACCUAAUCCUUUUUAUGAAAAGGUUCCUGUAAAUCCUCCAGAUUAUUUUAAAGCUACCUUUCAAGGGGAUAAAUUUCAUUUGUUUUUGGGUAAUGAAAAUCCAAGCACAUUUUUUACUGAUACAGAACGUACUCGUAUUUGCUAUGAAAUACUUGAAAGUGCACCAUAUGGUCGCAGACAUAAAGGAGAAAUUGGUAUUGAAAGAUUAGUUGCUGAGGAAGUUUUUGCUGCAGCCUAUCCCCUUCAUGUGGGAGGCCAUAGAAGACCUCGAGAAGAUGGUACAAAUGGCCCUCAGGAUAAACCACAAUUAAAUCAAAGACAGAUACUUAAAAUGUACUGGGGAACAUGGAGUAAAUGGCUGAAAUACCAACCACUAGAUCUUAUCAGGAGUUAUUUCGGAGAAAAAAUUGGUUUGUACUUUGCAUGGCUUGGUCAAUAUACAGCCUGGCUUUUGUUGCCCUCCAUUAUUGGUUUACUAGUUUUUGUUUAUGGCUGUGUUACUCUUAAUUCGUCAGACAAUAGAGAUGCUUUAGAUAUUUGUGAACAUGAGGAUUGGACAUACAAGAUGUGUCCACUUUGUGAGGAACACAUUGGUUGUAAAUAUUGGGAUUUAAAAACAAGUUGUACGCGAGCCAAGCUAUCUUAUCUGUUUGAUAAUUCAGCAACUGUGUUAUUUGCUGUGUUUGUUUCAAUAUGGGCUUUUUUAUUUCUUGAAUUUUGGAAACAAAAGGAAAUAACUUUAGCAUAUCGUUGGGAUUGCUUAGAUUAUGAGUUAGAGGUAGAGAAACCUCGCCCUUCAUAUGCUGCACUUGCUCCAAAUAUAGAACCAAAUCCUAUCACUGGUAUUCCUGAACCACAUUUCCCAUCUAAGCAGCGUGUGCCACGAAUCUACUCUGGAAUCUUGAUAGUUUUUACUAUGGUGUCAUUAGUUUUGAUUUUUUUGCUUGGCGUUAUUGUUUAUAAACUGUUAGUAUACAGACCUUUAGCUCGCAACGAUUAUACAGCACACAGAGCUUUGUUAAUAGCAAAUGUAACAGGUGCUUUUUGCAAUCUUAUAUGCAUCAUGAUCUUAUCAAGGGUUUACGAGAAAGUUGCUCUAGCCCUAACUCAUUGGGAAAUGCAUCGCACACAAACUGAGUAUGAAGAUAACUUAACAUUCAAGGUUUUUGUGUUCCAAUUUGUCAACUUCUACGCAUCAAUUUUUUACAUUGCUUUUAUCAAAGGAAGACUGACUGGUUAUCCUGGUAAUUAUAGACAAUUAUUUGGCCUUCGUUUGGAGGAGUGUGGCCCUGGAGGUUGCAUGGCUGACCUUGCUCAACAGCUUAUUAUUAUUAUGGUGGGCAAGCAAGUAAUUGGAAACAUUCAAGAAGUCAUGAUACCACUUAUCAAGCAAAAAUGGAAAAAAAGAAAAAGGGGAAAGGAAUCAACUGAAUUAAAACCAAGAUGGGAAGAUGAUUAUGAACUUGUUGAGAAUGAAGGUCUUCGAGCAGAAUACUUAGAAAUGGUCAUUCAGUUUGGUUUUAUAACUAUCUUUGUGGCAGGGUUUCCGUUAGCGCCAUUUUUUGCUCUUGCAAACAAUGUUUUUGAAAUUCGUAUUGAUUCAAAUAAAUUGAUCUGUGAAACAAGACGACCAAUUGCAGACAGAGCCCAAGAUAUAGGGAUAUGGUACAAUAUAUUGGAUGCAGUUGCUAAAAUUGCUGUAAUAUCAAAUGCAUUUCUAAUUGCAUUUACAUCAAACUUUUUUCCAAAAUUACUUUAUCGAACAUCAAUAUCAUUAAAUGGUUCUUUGGAAGGCUAUUUGAAUUAUUCAUUAGCAGUAUCACCACAAAAUACAACGUUACAACCUUGCAGGUAUCGUGAUUUUCGCGACGAUGAAGGUCGAUUAACUGAAUUUUACUGGCAUUUGUUGGCCAUGAAGCUAGGUUUUGUCGUUCUGUUUGAACAUUUGAUAUUUGCAACCCACCAGUUUCUCGACUUCUUGGUAGUCGAUAUACCUGAAGAAUUAGAUAUAGCUAUUAAGAAGGAGGCUUAUAAUGCUAAAAAAGCUAUGGCGGAUCAUCUAAAUCUUGUUACUACAAACUCAGAAGAUGAGCUAAGCGACCGCAGCCUAAAAAUUAGACUUUGUUUAUAUUGUUUAUUAUGCUUCUUCAUCAAGCAUCAAGCCUUAAAAUUUAUUAAAGAAAUGUCUUUUGAUAAGUUGCCUCUUACUCAGUCAGACUAUUUGGAACUUGGUGCAUAUGAUGCAUCUAAUGGAAAUGAUUACAAGGAAAUCUAUGAUGAAGACAUGAGUGGAGAAAGAGGGACUUAUUUUCGAGAUGGUAAAAGAAAAAUAGAUUUUGUUUUGGUAUAUGUUGAGGAAAAGAAUCAAAUGGCUGAUACAAGACUGGUUGGGUUUCGUAAAAGAUUUCUUAGCAAUUUAAAAAGGAGUAGUGUUGAAAUGGAGGAAGAAAGAUGUAAUGACAAAGAAAACAUUUUGCACUUUAUUAAAUGUCAUUGUCCUUUUGAAGUUUUGAAAUAUUAUGCAGAAGAAUUAUCAUUUAAAGCUCCAUUGGCUCUACGUCAAACAGAAAAAAUUAAUUGGUCUGAACGCAUGCUUGCAAAGUUUCGUUUGCCAAAUCCAUUUUAUGAAAAAGUUCCUAUGAGUCCUCCUGACUAUUUUACAGCUACUUUUCAAGCUGAUAAAUUUCAUUUGUUUCUGGGAAGUGAAAACCCAAGCACUUACUUUACAGAUACUGAAAGAACUCGUAUUUGCUAUGAAAUACUCGAGAGAGCACCAUAUGGUCGUAGACAAAAAGGAGAAAUUGGUAUUGAAAGAUUAGUUGCUGAAGGAGUUUUCGCUGCAGCCUACCCACUUCAUGUGGGGGGCCACAAGCGACCUCGCGAAGAAGGUCCAGAUGGCCCUGGAGAUGAACCUCAAUUAAAUCAAAGACAGGUACUUAAAAUGUACUGGGGAAGAUGGGGUAAAUGGUUAAAGUAUCAACCUCUUGAUCUCAUUAGAAGUUAUUUUGGCGAAAAAAUUGGUCUCUACUUUGCAUGGCUUGGUCAAUAUACAGCAUGGCUUUUGUUGCCCUCUGUUGUUGGUUUACUAGUUUUUGUUUAUGGCUGUGUUACUGUUAAUUCACCAGACAAUAGAGACGCUUUAGAUAUUUGUGAACAUGCGAAUUGGACCUACAAGAUGUGUCCACUUUGUGAUGAACACAUUGGUUGUAAAUAUUGGGAUCUUAAAACAAGUUGCACGCGAGCCAAGCUAUCUUAUUUGUUUGAUAAUGCAGCGACUGUGUUUUUUGCUGUAUUUGUUUCAUUUUGGGCUGUGUUUUUUCUUGAGUUUUGGAAGCGAAAGGAGAUAACUUUAGCAUAUCGUUGGGAUUGCUUAGAUUAUGAAUCUGAAGUAGAGCAACCCCGACCUACAUAUGCUGCUCUUGCGCCAACCGUAGAGCGAAAUCCCAUCACAGGGAUUCCUGAACCACAUUUCCCCUCUAAGCAACGUGUACCUCGAAUCUACUCUGGAAUCUUGAUAGUUAUAACAAUGGUGUCAUUAGUUUUGAUAUUUAUGCUUGGCGUUAUUGUUUACAAACUAUUAGUGUACAGACCUUUAGCUCGCAAUGAGUAUACUGCAGCAAGAGCUUUGCAAAUUGCAAAUAUAACAGGUGCUGUUUGCAAUCUUAUAUGCAUCAUGAUCUUAUCAAGGGUUUACGAAAAAGUUGCUUUAGCUCUAACCCAUUGGGAAAUGCAUCGCACACAAACAGAGUAUGAAGACAAUUUAACAUUCAAAGUUUUUGUGUUCCAAUUUGUCAACUUUUACGCGUCAAUUUUUUACAUUGCAUUUAUCAAAGGAAAAUUGACUGGUUACCCUGGUAAUUAUACACAAUUAUUUGGUCUUCGUAUGGAAGAGUGUGGCCCUGGAGGUUGCUUGGUUGAACUUGCACAACAACUUGUUAUUAUUAUGGUAGGCAAGCAAAUGAUUGGAAACGUUCAAGAAGUCAUGAUACCACUUAUAAAACAGAAAUGGAAAAAAAGAAAGAGAGGAAAGAAAACAAUUGAAUUAAAACCAAGAUGGGAAGAUGAUUAUGAGCUUGUGGAGAAUGAAGGGCUUUUUGCAGAAUACUUAGAAAUGGUUAUUCAGUUUGGUUUUAUAACUAUCUUUGUGGCUGCAUUCCCAUUAGCGCCAUUUUUUGCUCUUGCAAACAACAUUUUUGAAAUUCGUAUUGAUUCAAACAAGUUGAUCUGUGAAACAAGACGACCAAUAGCAGACAGAGCACAAGAUUUAGGAAUAUGGUAUGAUAUAUUGGAUGCUGUUGCUAAGAUUGCUGUAAUAUCAAAUGCAUUUCUUAUUGCAUUUACUUCAAACUUUUUACCAAAAUUACUUUAUCGAUCAUCAAUAUCACCAAAUGGUUCUUUGGAAGGUUAUUUAAAUUAUUCAUUAGCAGUGUCACCACACAAUACAACUUUACAACCUUGCAGGUAUCGUGAUUUUCGUGACGAAGAAGGUCGGUUAACUGCAUUUUACUGGCAUUUGUUGGCCAUGAAGUUGGGUUUUGUUAUUGUGUUUGAACAUUUUGUGUUUGCGACCCACAAAUUUAUUGACUUCUUAGUUCCUGACAUACCAGAAGAAUUAGAUAUAGCUAUUAAAAAAGAAGCUUAUCAAGCUAAAAAAGCAAUGUCGGACCAUCCAAAUUUAAUCAUCGCGAACUCGGAGGAGGAACUAAGCGAAAGAAACCUAAAAAUUAGGCUGCAAUGAAGUUCUUCGAUUUUUUGUGAAUUGUUUUUCUUUACUUUUUUUACGUUCUUUUGUUUUUUUAAAACUCUUUCUUUUAUAUUUUUUUGUAUUUUAGUUUUUUUUAUGGGCUUGUAUAAAAGUUUAAAUAUUGCAAAACACUCCAAAAUAUUGUAAAACCUUCACAUAUUUUUUUUAAGCGGUUUAUGUAUACAUAUUUUUUUUAAAAUUAUUUUAUUUUAAUUGUAAAUUAGGGAAAUAUUGUGAGUUAUUUAUUUUUAAAAUAGUUUUUUAUUUAUACAUAUUUAUGAUUUAGCUUUCAAUAAUUCAUUAGAUGGAAAAUGUAAAGAUAUUAUAUUAUUAUUUAUUUUUAUUCAAUUAUGUUAAUCUGAACUGUCUAGAUUCUAUGGU